GUGAUCUGAAACAACAAUAUGGUUUCCAUCAACAAAAUCUUACAUACUGUAUCCGGCAAGUCCUCUUUUAAAGAGUUAGUAUUUUGAGACAUACUAAUUUAUUAAAUGAAAAAUUGUUAUGUAAAACAUAAGGGCUGCUAUUAAUUUCAUUUCAUCAUACACAAAAACAUAUAUGUGCAAUUUCCAAGAAGAACAAACAUUUAUCUUAUAUGUCGAUAAUUAUUUCCAGUGACUAUUUCUCACUUCGUUUCGUAUAGAUAUCUCAAUAAUUUAAAAGUGACAUAAAUAAUAACAUUCAAUACGAUCUUCUCCGCUAUGUGAAAUUUCUUGUUACCAUCAAAAUGAGUGCUAAAAAUUCAGAAGAGUUUAAUGUUCUUCAAUUCGAAAAAAAAUUGACUACACUUAAGGAUUCUCAAGAAAGCAUAAAUAGUUGUUGUCAAUGGUGUUUAAAUAAUAGGGAGCAUCAUAAGAAAAUUGUUAAUUCAUGGCUAAAUGUAUUGAAGAGGGUUAAAGUGGAACAUAGACUCAUUCUAUUUUAUUUAGCUAAUGAUGUCAUACAAUAUUCAAAAAGAAAAAAAAUUGAGUAUGUGGAAAGCUGGGGAACUGCUUUGCAGAAGGCUACUACUUUGGUCAGGGAUGAUAAGGUAAAGCAAAAGAUAUUGAGGAUUUUCAAAAUAUGGGAGGACAGAAGUAUUUAUAGUGAAGAAUUCAUAGCUGAUUUAUGUGGACUAAUCAGUGUAACCCCUACUGCUCCGAAAAACGAUGAACCACACGAGUUCCAAGCAUCUUAUGUGAUAAACAAAAUAAGAGUUUGUUCUAAUUUGGAAAAUGAUACAGAUGUAAAAUUGAAAAAGUUGAAUGAACUUCAUCCCAAAGUUCUUGAGACUGAGUCAUAUUAUACUUCUUUAAAAGAUCGUGCACAUUUGGAUGAUGCUGAAAAAGACUUAGAUAGUUAUGUCAAUUCAAUGGAAAAUUAUAUCAAUGCUCUCAAAGUUGAAAUCAAGAACAGAAUAAAUUUGAUAUCUGUCCUGAAGCAGGCAGAAGGCCAAUUGGAUAUUGAUAGAAAGGAUGUAAAAGUUGUAGCUAAUGCAUACAAAUCCUAUGGAACGAGGGUCAAAACAUUUAAAAAAAAAUUAGAAGAACAUAAGGCAACGCUUUCAAGUCCCAUUCCUUCACCUGACAUAAAUGCUCCCUCGCCAACUUCUGAUUCUGAUAUUGAAUUUCCUGAUCCCCAAACAGCUGUGUCUGAAGAAACUAAGAAACCUGAGACAGUUCACAAAGAAAUAGAUUUGAUGAAUAUUCAACUAACAAAUGCAAACUAUUACAAUCCAGUUCCCGCUCCUUCAACAGAAUCUUCCACUUCAUUUUUGGCAAAUGGCUUUACUAGUUUCAUAGGGUCAAAUCUACCAUUCAAUGUUCAAAACUUGAACACCACAGAGUUAUUCACCACAAAUUCUUCAACACCCCAAACUACGAAUUCAAAUUUCAGUGGUCUCCCUACUGCAAUUCCUUCAUCAAAUCAUUCAAUUCCUCCUAUAUUGCAGCCUCAACCUCCAUUACCUCCAAAGACUGAGUCGUAUUCCUAUUUCCCACACACUAAUACACACUCUAUACCUCUUUUACCACCUCCAAUGCCACCCUUUGCAUCUAAGGAAGACACAAAUUUCUCGACCAGUGGAAAUUAUGAAUCUAGGUAUGAUAACGAAGCAGUUGUUGAUUAUGGUCCAUCUUUCAAUGCUAAUACAUCUUAUGGUCACGAAUCAAAUUUCCCUCCCUCAUAUAGUAAUGCACCAGCAGACUCAAGUUAUGAUCCCAUAUCUACUUUAUUUACCUCAGAACCUUCAUUUGAAACACCUAUUGGUGCCAAUCCAUACCCGCCAAGUGAGGAAUAUAAUCCAGAAGAGGAACUUCAAACAUGGGAGGGUGAUUUGAGUUGGACUCAACUACCACCAUUAGAUAACACAGAUACACCAGAAAGUCCACCCCCAUUUGAAAAAGAAGCUUUUGGAGAUCCUAUAGAAUACCAUGAUAAUAUGGCUAGUAGUGGUGCAAAUGAUGUUGACCAUAGGGUAUUGCCCCCUGCUCUCCUUGGAACAGGUAAACCACCAGGAAGAAGCCAAGAUGUUGAUCAUAGGAAUCUUAUCAGUUUGAUAGGGUCACCUGCUACUGAUUCAAAUUCUAAUCAAUUAUGUAACAAUGAUGUAUGGACAGGUGGAGAUCAGGAUUACCGACAAACAGCUGAUAAGGAUUAUAGAUUUCCAUUUGAUAUUGGAGAACAGUUAAAACUACCGCCACCACCACCCCCACCGAAUCCAAACGCUUGUCCUAUCCCAGUGGUGUCAAGCACAAAUCACAAUAAGAAAAGUGUAUUAUCAUAUCCCCAAGAUAUUGUGGAAAGCAUUGAUAUGGAACUUAGCGAUGACGAGAUCCCUGAUGGGAAAGAUACUGCAAGUCAAUCUUCCCAAAGAGAUAAUUUGCGAGUUGUGAUUGACGCUAUCUUAACAAGUUCCAAUAGCAAUUCACAGUCAAUAAAAUCUCCAAUAGAUUUGAAUUCUUGUUCAGAUAGUCAAGAUGGUGUGAGUUCAUUCACUUCAAACAAAGCUGAUUUGCCUUCAAUGUUGGAGCCUCCUCCACCUUUACCAGAUCUACCCGAUGAUGCAGAAGAAAAUUUAUUAUUGGAUCAGAUGAGUAAUGAUAUUAAUGAUUUUCUUCUUAAUUCAGAAGAGCUUGAAGAAAAUUUAGCAGAGUCAUUUUGGAGUAAUAAUGAUUCUGCAAAUCUUCAACCUCCUCCAAUGUUCCAACAAGUGCCAUCUAUACCGCCUCCCCCCUUGGCACCUUCAUUGAAUUGGAUGGGAGACCAGCCGCCAAAUUUUCAGGCAUCAUUCAACAAUGGCGUUUAUCCAGGAGGAAAGAACAUCAAGAGGAAUAAGUUUAUAAACAAUAGAGGAUCAUCUAGGGGAAGGGGAGGUUUCAUGGGUAAUUUCAGCGAAAAUUAUUCUAAUCGUGGAGGUGGAAACAACUUCCGAGGACGUAGUAGAGGAAAUCCUCGGUUUCCAAAAGGCAACCACUUUGGAGGCAACAUGAGGGGUCAUAGAGGAAGAUAUUGAAGGAUCUAAUAGUGCAGAUAAUUUUCAAAAGGUAAGCGCUGCUUCUAUAAGGAAGAAGAAGAUACCACAUAAUUUAUAACAUAGUGAAUAUCUUUUUUAAUUAUAGAAGGGAUCAAUAUUCUCGUCUCUUAGAAGAUUAUAAAUUUUGAAAAUGUACAUAUCUGUAUAAUUGAUAUUUUUUUCUAUAGAAACUAUAUAUUAGAAAACAAAAUUGAAUUUUUCUGAUGUUGAUUGAUAACAUUAGAUAUUUGGCAUUCAUAUGAUGAAGAUAUUGGUAUUAUAUUCAUUUUGUUCAAACCAUUAAUUAUAGAACUUGUACCCAUUUCCCCUUUUCAUUCCUACUUUACCUUAUGAGUUCUCACUCACAGGAGAGUGAUUGAACAUUCAGUUUUCUAGAAUCAUUGAAAUGAUCGCAUCAUAUUUCAUUAUUUCUAAUAAUGAAGAUACAUUUUUUCAGUUAUAAACUAUAUAGAUUCAUAGAAUAUGUAUGCUGCAUAUUGUAUUAUGCCUGUCAAUGUAUAAUGUUGUUAAAAAAAUAAAAUAUGUUGUUUGGGUUAUGUAAA